UAUGGAGGCAACAAAACUAUAUAUAAGGCCUCACCAAUAUUACAACUCCAAAAUUCACAAUUCACCACAGCUACGUUGCAAUUCGAUACUUAUAAUUUUCAAUCGUUCAGGUUAAUUAGCGAAUGAGCUGGAGUGGUGGAGACUGGAUGUGCAGUGCAUGCCAACACCAGAAUUUUAGAAAAAGGGAAGUUUGUCAGCGAUGUGGCUACCCGAAGUUUGACGGCCCUGAUCCGGCAGGAUGGACAAGGAUUCUUCCGGGGGAUUGGUAUUGCAGUAGCACCAGUUGUGGAGUUCAAAACUAUGCUAGCAGAACAAGCUGCUUCAAAUGUGGUGCAUUCAGAAUUGAUUACAGCGCCACUGCUUGUGGAUCUCAAGCCUGCAAUUUUCCUCCCGGAUGGAAAGCUGGCGACUGGAUUUGCCCUAGAAUGGGAUGUGGAGAGCAUAAUUAUGCUAGCAGGACUGAAUGCCACAGAUGCAGAACACCAAAGAAUUUUGGUGAUGCAGUUCAUUGCUAAUCUAUGUAUUCAAUGCUAUGCAGAUUUGCAGUAAUGAAUUUUCAGUUUUUGAAGAUGAUGCUGAUUUCUACCUAUCUCAACCAAUUCAAAAAUUUCUUAAUUAAGAGUUCUCCGGACAUAAA